UAUUUAAUGCUGAAAACCAGAGAAAAGAGGUACUGGUGACAAUGGCUCUUCAAGGGUUUGCAUGGGGCAUCACUGUGAUGAUCACGCUCUUCUUCAAGGGAGGUGACUCUCAACCCGCCUGUGCCAGGACUCCCAUCAACAGCAGGAUCAUCGGAGGGCAAGCUGCGUCUCCAGGAAGUUGGCCCUGGCAUGUGUCUUUUACCUCAAAUGGCUACACCUUUUGUCAAGGAUCUCUGAUCACCGACGAGUGGGUGCUGACAGCUGCUCAAUGCUCAACAAGCUAUUACCUUAAUGGUGCGGUUUUGCACUUUGGUGCCACCAACCAGUCUGGACUUGGUGAAGUGACUCGGAGAGUUGACCAUUUUGUCUGCCAUCGAGACUACACCUACAACAAAGAAAACGACAUCUGCCUUGUGAAGCUGUCUGCUCCUGUCAACUUCACUGACUACAUCCGACCGGUGUGUUUGGCUGCAGAAAACAGCACUUUCUAUGAUGGGACCAGCAGCUGGGUUACUGGUUUCAGCAGUUAUGGAUACUACUAUCCCAACACUCUCCAGGAGGUUGAUGUAUCAGUAUUUGGAAACACUAAAUGCAGCUGCUUGUACCGCACCUACUACUACUACUACUACUACUACUAUGGUCGUUCAAUAACAGACAACAUGAUGUGUGCUGGGAGUGAAAAUGGCUCAAAGAAUGCAUAUUAUGGAGACCAAGGCGCAGCUCUAGUGACCAAGAAAGACUCCAUCUGGGUCCAGAGUGGGAUUGUGAGUUAUGUUUAUAAUAACUACCUGGGCCGACCUUCUGUCUACACCCGUGUGUCCCAGUACCAUAAAUGGAUCACCGACAGAGUCACUGGCAUGGAGCCAGGCUUUGUUACCUACACCUCCCCAGGCAAUGACAGCGACUUUAACUACACCUGUCCUCCACCACCAUCUCCCACACCCUAUCCCACUUGGUACCAUAACAUUUCCACUUGGCACCCUUACACUACCACUGACGGCAGCAUAUUUGGCAGUGGUGAAACUCUGAUUCCCAUAGCUCGCGUGUUCCCUCUCUCUGCUCUUGUUCUGUUUCUCCAUCUGUUUGUUGGUGGUGCUGGAAACUAACUCAUAACUUUUACUCAUGCUGCAUUCUAAUUCAUAACCAACUCUCUACAUUAGGAUCAAAAUGCUGAUAUUGUUCGACUGAUUUAGUUUUAUUUCACAAAUUAAGAUUUCUACAAAGCAAAGGAAGGGUGUAAAGUUUAUCUGGUAAUUAGUUUAACAGACCUCUCAAAAUUGAAAGAUUUUUUUUUCUUUCUGUCCUUUACAUUAUGUUGAUUUUAUUUACCCAACUAUAAAUGCCAGUUAAGUGUUUAACAGACAACAGGUUUGGGACUUUUAGCAACCAAUCAUACUGUUAUUUUAUUAAAUGUGAAAAACAAUCGGUGAUUAGUGAUAAACUGUGAUUAAAGUCAUUCAAAACUAUA